ACAUUUUUUUCACAAAAAAAUCAAAUGACGCGCUUGAUCUGAAACCGAAAUGUCCCCAGAUUUUCCUAAAAGUGACGACGCCAUUUUCGUUAGUUGUUGAACGCAAUAAAUCGCUUCAGUGUAUUUUCCAUCAAAUUCAAGAAAAUUAAACAUCAAAAAAGAUGGCCAGCCGCAAAAAAGUCCUGUUAAAAGUCAUCAUUUUGGGCGACUCAAGUGUCGGAAAAACGUCUCUGAUGAAUCAGUAUGUUAACCGAAAAUUCUCCAAUCAAUACAAAGCAACGAUCGGUGCUGAUUUCCUCACGAAAGAAGUGACAGUCGAUGACCGGUCCGUCACGAUGCAAAUCUGGGACACCGCGGGACAAGAACGCUUCCAGUCGCUCGGGGUGGCCUUCUACCGGGGCGCCGACUGCUGCGUUUUGGUGUUUGACGUGACGGCCCCAAACACGUUCAAGUCUCUGGACAGUUGGCGCGACGAGUUUUUGAUUCAGGCGUCGCCCCGUGAGCCCGAGAAUUUCCCGUUUGUGCUUCUGGGCAAUAAAGUGGAUCUAGAGCCGCGCGCUAUAUCGUCGAAACGGGCGCAACAGUGGUGCCAGAUGAAGAACAACAUACCCUAUUUUGAAACCUCAGCGAAAGAAGGACUCAACGUGGAGCAGGCGUUUUUGGCAAUUGCGAAAAACGCACUAGCUCAACAAAACUCGACCGUUGAUCUUUAUAACGAAUUCCCCGAUCAAAUCAAACUCACUAAUACUAAUAAGCCGAGUAGUAAUGGAGAUUCUUGCGCAUGUUAGGUUGGGUUCUUCUGCUCAAUGUGAUAUAACUUUUUUUCUUUGGUUUACGCAACUCACCGAAAUUGUUGAUUUACAUGAAUUGUGUAAAUACAAUUGUUACGAAAGAAUUUUUUAUUGUAUACUUUUUGCUUUUGUAGAGAAUUUCUAUCGGCAGUAAAGGUUUUCCGUCAGUUAAGUUUUAUUAUCAUCAAAUAUCGAGUGUUCUGUGUUGUAGGCUAAUUAUUUAUAGUAAAUAGGAGAUUUAUAUAUUUUUUUUAACCAUUAAAUACAAUUUUUCUGUAGAAUAUAUCAUAAAAUUUGUAUAUUAUAUAGACGUUAUUAAGUAUAAAUAUGUAAUGGUACAGA